AUAUUUGAGCAGGUCCUCAGUGAGCUGGAGCCUCUGUGUCUUGCAGAACAAGACUUCAUUAGCAAGUUCUUCAAGCUGCAGCAGCACCCGACAGUUACACCCCCUCUUGCUCAGCCUGAAACAGAGGAAUCAGAUGGAGGCAUGCUGUCAAGAGUGCCUGCCCAGGCUGAACACAGAUACUCCAUGUCAUCAGAGAAAGACAUGGUGCGGCUGAUGAUGAACAAAAUCUUCCAGAGCAUCGAGACGGAGCUCAACAGUCUCAUUGCUCUGGGCGACAAGAUAGACAGCUUCAACUCUCUGUACAUGCUGGUGAAGAUGAGUCACCAUGUGUGGACAGCUGAGAACGUUGACCCGGCGUCUUACCUCAGCACUACUUUGGGAAAUGUGCUGGUCACUGUCAAGAGGAACUUUGACAAAUGCAUUUCUGGACAGAUCAGACAGAUGGAGGAAGUGAAGAUUUCUAAGAAAAGCAAAGUUGGGAUCCUGCUUUUUGUUACUGGCUUUGAGGAGUUUGCCGAGCUGGCUGAAACAAUCUUCCGUAACGCAGAGCGCAGAGGGGACCUGGAUAAAGCUUAUGUCAAACUUAUCAGGGCUGUCUUCAUGAAUGUGGAGAAGGUGGCCAAUGAAAGCCAGAAGACGCCGCGGGACGUUGUGAUGAUGGAGAACUUCCACCACAUCUUUUCCACACUGUCACGUCUAAAGAUCUCAUGCCUGGAGGCUGAGAGGCGAGAGGCCAAGCACAAAUACACAGACCAUCUGCAGUCUUAUGUGAUCAACUCUCUGGGCCAGCCUCUGGAAAAACUAAAUCAUUUCUUUGAAGGAGUUGAGGCACGUGUAGCCCAGGGCGUUCGCGAGGAGGAGGUGAGCUACCAGCUGGCCUUCAACAAACAAGAGCUGCGUAAAGUUAUCAAAGAGUAUCCUGGCAAAGAGGUGAAAAAGGGACUUGACAACCUCUACAAGAAGGUGGACAAACAUCUGUGUGAAGAAGAGAGUCUGCUACAGGUGGUGUGGCACUCCAUGCAAGACGAGUUCAUCCGUCAGUACAAGCACUUUGAAGAUUUGAUCGGCAGAUGCUACCCUGGAUCUGGAAUCACCAUGGACUUUACCAUCCAGGACAUGUUGGAGUACUUUUCCAGCAUUGCUCAGUCUCAUUAGUCUAACUGCUAUGCACUAUGAUUCACUACUGCCUCACACAGGCAAGAGAUACACUAGCUACUCACAAACUACCCUCUAUUGUUGUUUUGGACAAUGAGCAUUUCUUCUCUGUGUGCGCCUGUGUAUUUUAAUGAAAGGGAUUUGUACACUGGACAGUGGUCAUGCAGAUAUCUCUGCAUUGUGUGUGUGCGCCUGUUCAUUUGAGGUUCAACACCUCUCUGCUCUAAAUACUGAAUUGAUUAUGUUAUAUUUUUGUUAUGUCUUUAUGCCAUAUGUACAUAAUAAAUUUGCAGUUGCCGACCCAUUCA